AGCAGGGCGAGCCGAGGGGCGGGGCUAAAAGCGUUGGCCGGUAGUACACGGUGCCGCGGCAAUAGGAGGAGCCCGGUGAUUGGAGGCGUGGCUAGUUGUGGGCGUGGCUAGAGGUAUGGGCGGGGCUUGAGGAGGGGGCGGAGCCUUUGGCGCCGCGGAGCGCGGAGGCGUUGGGGUCGCAGCGCGGCCGCCCCGGCGCGGCCAUCCCGGCCAUCCCGGCCAUCCCGGCCCUCCGGUCCUCCGGUCCUCCGGUCCGUCCCGCCGCCGCAAUGGGCCUCACCGUGUCUGCCAUCUUCUCCCGCAUCUUCGGCAAGAAACAGAUGCGGAUCCUGAUGGUGGGGUUGGACGCUGCUGGCAAAACCACCAUCCUGUACAAGCUGAAGCUGGGAGAGAUCGUCACCACCAUCCCCACCAUUGGGUUCAACGUGGAGACGGUGGAGUACAAGAACAUCUGCUUCACGGUGUGGGAUGUAGGAGGCCAGGACAAGAUCCGGCCCCUCUGGAGGCACUACUUCCAGAACACACAGGGUCUCAUCUUUGUGGUGGACAGCAACGACCGGGAAAGGGUGCAGGAGUCUGCGGAGGAGCUGCAGAAGAUGCUGCAGGAGGACGAGCUGCGUGACGCCGUGCUGCUGGUGUUUGCCAACAAGCAGGACAUGCCCAACGCCAUGGCGGUGAGCGAGCUGACCGACAAGCUGGGGCUGCAGGCGCUGCGCAGCCGGACCUGGUACGUGCAGGCGACGUGUGCCACGCAGGGCACGGGGCUGUACGACGGGCUGGACUGGCUGUCACACGAGCUCUCCAAGCGCUAAGAUGAGUCGGGACGUCCCCUCCAACUGCUGUCCUUCGGUUCUCUUUCUUUUCUACCCUUAUUUUUCAAGUGGGGAGGGGGGAUGUUUUUCUUUCCCCCUCCCCUUACCUCCAGCUGUGGCCUCGUCUCCGUGUGUGUCUUGGAUAGGACUUGGACCUCACCGACCCACAGCUCCGGUUAUGGAACCCCAAUUUUUAUCCACCACAAAUGAAUGGGGAAUGGGAGCUUAAUAAAGUGCUGCCUGCACCGUGCCGGGCUGCAGAGGAGGUG